GUUUCUAGAUAAUCGAUUGUUUGCGACUUGUUCUGAUGACACUACAAUAGCACUUUGGGAUUUGAGAAAGCUGAACACAAAAGUGUGCACUUUACAUGGUCACACCAGCUGGGUUAAGAACAUCGAGUAUGAUACCAAUACGAGAUUACUAGUAACAUCAGGGUUUGAUGGAAAUGUGAUCAUCUGGGACACAAACAGGUGCACAGAAGAUGGUUGUCCCCACAAGAAGUUUUUUCACACUCGUUUUCUUAUGCGAAUGAGGCUGACACCAGACUGUUCCAAAAUGUUGAUCUCAACCUCUUCUGGAUAUCUUCUUAUUUUGCAUGACCUUGACCUAAACAAAUCUUUAGAGGUUGGCAGCUAUCCAAUUUUAAGAGCUAGGAGGACUACAUCAAGUUCAGACGUAACGUCAUCGGGUUCGUCAUCGGGUUCGUCAUCGGGUCUGUCUGGUCCUCGAGCUGUUGGUUCACCAUGUCACCAGAAUGAUUCAGGUCCACUGCCUGAGAAACACAUGUCACGGUCCUCCCAGCGAGAAGGUGGAUCACCUAGAAAUAGUUUGGAGGUCUUAACACCAGAGGUUCCUGGAGAAAGAGAUCGAGGCAAUUGCAUUACAUCACUACAGCUACAUCCAAAAGGGUGGGCUACGCUUCUUCGGUGCUCAAGUAAUACAGAUGACCAGGAG